AUGACCUUGUCCCAAAAUGGAAAGAGACAAGCUACGUGUAAAUAUUGCAACACUAAAUAUGAGUUCCCCAAUGCAACAAGAAUGAGGAAGCAUCUGUUAACGCUUUGCACCAAAAUCGCAGCAGAUGUGAAGGAAGCAAUUCCUGGACAUUCAACAGACUUAACAACUCGGAGUAUUCCAACUGUUUUCAUCCAAGAGGACAAGGACAAGGACGAUCCGAUGCCAAUAGCAAGUACAUCUUCAUCCGGAGACGAACAUGCUUUAGCUUCAAGAUACAGGCAGUCAUCACAGGCAUCAAGUAGCUCUCUUCCACUUCCACUACCAAGUACAAAUAAAUUACUUAGUAAGAAAUGCAAAUUGAUGACGGGAUAUGCUGACUUUAUCACUGCUAAAGAGCAGGAGAAAAUGGAUGAAGCUAUUGCACGAGCUGUGUAUGCCACAGCUACCCCACUGUCUAUAUUUGAAAAUCUACAUUGGCAAGCAGCAUUCAAAUUGAUUCGUCCUGCGUAUAAACCUCCCUCAAGAUUUUUAUUAUCUAAUAUGUUGCUUGAGGCCGAACAUGAAAGAGUGCAAGUUUCAAUUAACGAAAAUAUAAACAAUGCCAAGUGCCUAUGUUUGUUAAGUGAUGGCUGGACAAACUGUCGAGGCGAAGGUAUAAUUAACUUUAUAAUUACAACACCUAAGUCAGUGUUUUACAAAGCUAUAGAAUCCAAUACUAAUAGACAAAUAUCAGAUUUUAUUUUUGAGGAAUUUUCACAGGUAGCUGAUGAUGUAGGUCCGGGAAAAUUUAUGGCACUCAUUACUGACAAUGCUGCCAACAUGAAAAGUGCAUGGAAAAAGUUUACUGAAAAGUAUCCACAUACAACAGCAUUUGGUUGUGCUCCUCAUUCAAUCAACCUCUUCGCUAAAGAUAUCUUAAAACUUGAUUCCAUUAAAGUUAUAGUUAAUAAUACAAAACUG